AUGUCAACAUCCGGCUACGUCUCAGCUUUCAGUAUCCGGCUAGAUCCAGCUCCAGAUACAUCUGUGCAAGAUGGGCAUACUGCUGAUGUCCUGGCUGCUUCUACUCACAAUCAGGCAGGAUGUGGCCAAACAGAUUCAUUGUCUCAGCAGUUAAUGCAUAUAUGCGAGCCUUUUGCUUUUCAGGGUCAGGAUCUGCAGGCUAGUGCAGUUGUGAAUUACAGAGAUGAUGAUCCAAACAAAUCAUUUGAUUCAGCUUAUGAUGGAUCUGAAUCCCAAGCAGAUGGUGUCACCAGAGAUACAUCUGUGCAAGAUGGGCAUACUGCUGAUUGGGAUGACCCGGCUGCUUCUACUCACAAUCAGGGUCAGGAUCUGCAGGCUAGUGCAGAUGUGAAUUACAGAGAUGAUGAUCCAAACAAAUCAUUUGAUUCAGCUUAUGAUGGAUCUGAAUCCCAAGCAGAUGGUGUCACCAGAGGUGUUGAGUGCAGUUGUCUUUGCUGGUGUUCUGUUAUCUGUUGUAUGUAUUUAGAUACAUCUGUGCAAGAUGGGCAUACUGCUGAUGUGGAUGUUCCGGCUGCUUCUACUCACAAUCAGGCAGGAUGUGGCCAAACAGACUCAUUGUCUCAGCAGUUAAUGCAUAUAUGUGAGCCUUUUACUUUUCAGGGUCAGGAUCUGCAGGCUAGUGCAGAUGUGAAUUACAGAGAUGACUAUUUAUUACCACCUGGUGAUGCAAACCAUUGCAGAAAUUUCACAACGACAACAGCUUGUGAUGAUCGAAACAAAUCAUUUGAUUCAGCUUAUGGCGGAUCUGAAUCCCAAGCAGACGGUGGCACCAGAGACAAUUUUACCUCUGAUGAGUGUUUGCCAAUGACGAAAGAAUGUGACAAUGAGGUCAAAUAUCCGGUUCCAGCUACAGAGGAUGAACCAAUGGAAUAUGACAAUGAUUCUCUGGUUGUUAGUGGAGCACCUAAUCAGGCUGUGCUUUGGAAUCGCGACCGUUAUUUCAAGCCUUCAGUAAAGCUAUCGGUCAAUCGGCAGCCUUACGGUAUUAAAAAACCACAAUCUAACUGCAAACAACAACGUCAAGAUCGAGCACAUGAGUAUCAAACACAUGAACAACAUCUACGGCAUCAUCGUCAUUGGGAAUGGCGUGAACAGAGGCAACAAAUGGAUUGGCAUAUUUGUACAACUCUGGAAAAUAAAUUUAAAUGGCUAGAUAACAGUAUACUAAAUUUUACCCAGCAAAUUCUGAGGUUAUGGCGUGGAAUAAACGGUCUUCAAAAUACAAUGCUGAAGUUUCACAAAGCAGAAAAGAAUUCAGUGCAGAUCCACUAUGUUCCAGGACACUGGGUUGUGUCAUAUAAAGAUGACAAAGGAGCUAUUCACAUUUAUGACAGCUCAUUUCAAGGAAGUUUGUCGGAGGAGUUGUUUCAACAAAUUAUUACAUUGUAUAGCACAGAGCCAUACAUUGAAUUUUCAAUUGCAUCUGUGCAGCAGCAAGAUGGAGGGAAUGACUGUGGUGUAUUUGCAGUUGCUUUCAUUACUGAUGUUGUUUAUGGUAAUGAUCCUCGAGACGUGACCUAUCACCAACCGGAGCUUAGAACGCAUUUGUUGAAAUGCCUGAAGAGACGAUUUCUGACUACUUUUCCAAGAGGUAAUCAAAACACCCAGCGGCGGAGAUGCAAAGAAGUCAAAUUUAGAUUCUAUUCGUAUACAGGACAGCGUUUUGUUGAAUGCAGCAAAUGCAAAGAUUGGAUAACUUGGGGAAAUGUUAGUCCAGGAGCAGAUGUACUCUGCCCUAAUUGUUGGAGUUAUUACAAUGGACAUCACUGAAUCCAUAUAUGUAAAGGAAAAUGCUCCAUGGGCAG